ACUACCACCACAAUAUGAUCGACAUCAAGGAAAGCAGUCAGACACUUUUCAUGCGACAAGAGAGGUGGACAGCCAGAGUUAAAGACAGGAAAACAGCGCGUUAAAAAAGGCUGAGAGCAAAGCAAAAAAAGAGAGAGGUGAGUGGGUAGGACUGAAAGCAACAAAGUAUUAUGAUCCCCACUCGGCUCAUAUGUGCAUUAAUUGCUUGACAGUGUCUAACAGAAGAGUUCGGCACUCUAAGUUGCACAUUAGGGCGAGAGCGAGACCUCUCUGAAACAGUUCACUGGCAGCUCGGCGGCAACAGAUCUUGUGGAUACGCUCGCUGAAGGUCUCUGUUGUGACUCACUCUUCAUUUAGCAUGGAGUCCCUAUCGCUAGCUUUUCACGGGGGCCAAGAAAACCAUGUUUUACACGUGGAAAACGAACUGGUACGUAAAGGACCCCGUCGCAAGAGGGAGUUCAUACCUGAAGAAAAGAAGGAUGCGCUCUACUGGGAGAAACGUCGCAAGAACAACGAAGCUGCCAAGCGGUCACGGGAGAAGAGAAGGAUGAAUGACUAUGUGCUGGAGACUCAUCUCAUGGCUCUGAAAGAAGAAAACGCCAGGCUCAGUGCUGAGUUAAUGGCCAUCAAGCUUCACUUUGGCUUGGUUCACCCUGCAGCGUACACAGGCCAACAAAGUAACCAACUGCAAUGCCACUUCAGCAGCAGCAGCCAGCCUGUAAGCACCACCAGCACCCACCAACAAUCCCUGCAGAGAAACUACUACUGGGGUGGUAGAGACUCUUCUGUCCUGCCCAGUCACCAGCCUUCUAACCCCUUUCUGAUCCCUGCAUACGCCCUUCAUACGAUGAGAGGCUAUUCAUAUUUCAACAGACCAGCUACUAGCGGCUCUGGCAUCCUCACGCCCCUUGUCCUUCCUCGAAACCUCCUGCCAACCCAUUCCCCUCAUCCCGUAGGUCCUCUACUGAAGCCCAUGGCAACAAGAAGCCCCUCAGACGAAGAGGAGGAGCAGCAGGUUCCAGGGCUGCUGUCCAUGUCUUGCCCACCUCCGCCUCAUAAAAUCAUCGCCAGAGGAGGCAGAGCCCAUUCUCCACAAAGACAAUACAUGUCUGACUGACUGUGAAACACAGAAGGAUGAAUCUAGCGUACAGCUUCAUCAACCAAGAAACAAAUGUGUUAUUUCUUUUUCAGUACUGUCAUACAUGCCUGCUGACGAUGUAACGUUAUUGCUGGGAACUAACGGCUCAAGAUGCACAGCCCUUUCAAAAUGAGAACUUUUCAAGUGUGUGCAGCAUGCAAACCUCCCCCCUCUCCACCUUUUGUUCAUACAGCUUUAAGUUGCUGACCAUUCCCAUUGCAGCCACACAAAGAACAUUAUAAAGUAGGGAGUACAAUUUUUUCCGUACAGUCCAUUCAUGCUGUUUAACUUCACAGAACACGAUGCUGUGGUGUUUGUGCUGUUCGCUGUUUGUACUUUCCUGAGAAAGUAUACAAAGAAUAAAAUGCACGCAGAACAGGGCGGGUAGCCACAUGUGGGUCAGUGACGAUAACAACACUCGCUCACCUUUGCCCACCACUCUCACUUCAGAAAUCUGUUAAUUUUAUGCAAAACUGUGACUGAGCUACAGAUGUGUGUCCGGUGUCACGAUGUCUCACUGGUGUUAAUGCGACUGACGAUGUUAAUGCAGAACUUACAGUUUAACUUCUCUGUCAUCAUAUCACACACUGCCUUUACAAACUGUAGGCCACAGUCUGCCUCCAAACGGAAAGAGUGAAGUAUGAAGCUGAUCUGUUUUGCCGUGUGAGCAGAUGUAGUCAUUUUCUUCCAUACUGUGGCCACAAUUUGUUUUUAUUGUUCCAUUAACCUUCAGAACCCUGACAUUGUUUUUAAUAUUUUUACACGUAAAAUUGAUUAAAACAGAUGAAUAACA